UACACAUUGUUAAUUUAAGUUCACAAGACUUUGUGUUCUUUUAUUUUCCUUUAAGCCCUUUGCUUAGUUAUACCUAUUUACCAUAUAUUGCAUUUCUUUGCAGUUUGUAGUUGAUUGCAAUAUAAAAUAAUAAAAGGACCAGCUUGUGAGGUUAAUACCUCCAGUACUGUGCAGCAGCUGUGAGUUCUUUGAGUUUGGGAACAGACGAUUCCGGGGACUACAUUUCCAAGGACACUUUUUAAGAAACAUGAACAAGAACUACAUGUCCAUGAAUGAAGAGCUCCGUAAAGGAGACUUUCUGUUAUCCCACAAUGGAGAGUACAAGGCAGUCUUUCAGGACGAUGGAAACUUUGUGGUUUACGGCUGGAACCCCUUGUGGCAUUCCAACACAGGUCACAUUAACGAUGCCCAGCGCCUGAUCAUGCAAGGAGACUGCAACCUCGUCAUAUACACACCAUCCAAUCCCGUGUGGGCCAGCGGCCAAACCCAGUCCAAUGUCAAAAUGUGCCGUCUGACUUUGGGCAACGAUGGCAUUCUGCUGAUUGACAAUGAUGGGGUAGAGGUGUGGAAAUCUACUAAAACAAAUUAA